ACGCCUUUGGACACUGGUCGUGAGUGAAGGGGGCGUAACGUAAAGUUAUCCGCCAUUUUGUCCCCGAGACAAUUUAGAUUUAUAAUUAUUUUCAACCUGUGUGAAUAUUAUUAAUCCUUGUAUAAAAGUGAUAAUUCGGAGGCUGUGGAGUGUUUUGCGGAGCUGUGAUAUUUGUGUCUCCAGUUAUUUUUGUUUACCUUCAUCUUGACGUUUUAUAACUGACCGAUUUUGACGUCGUAUAGAGCUCUAGAUAAUCAAAAUGGGCACAAGAGAGGACGAAUACGAUUAUUUGUUCAAAGUGGUCCUAAUAGGAGACUCUGGUGUGGGUAAAUCCAGUCUUCUCUCUCGUUUCACUAGAAAUGAAUUUAAUUUAGAGUCUAAAUCAACAAUAGGCGUGGAAUUCGCAACAAGAAGUAUAGAGGUGGAUGGUAAAACCAUAAAGGCCCAGAUAUGGGACACGGCCGGUCAGGAGCGGUACCGCGCGAUCACGUCCGCGUACUACCGCGGCGCGGUGGGCGCGCUACUGGUGUACGAUAUCGCCAAGCACCUGUCCUACGAGAACGUGGAGCGAUGGCUGCGUGAGCUCCGCGACCACGCCGAUCAGAACAUCCUGAUCAUGCUCGUCGGCAACAAGAGCGAUCUCAGGCAUCUUAGAUCCAUCCCAACAGAAGAGGCAAAGGCAUUUGCGGAAAAGAAUGGACUUAGUUUUAUUGAAACUUCCGCUCUGGAUUCUACUAAUGUGGAACCUGCAUUCCAGAAUAUUUUAACCGAGAUCUACAGGAUCGUAUCGCAGAAGCAGAUGCGGGACCCGCCCGAGGGCGACGGCGCGGUCAUCCGCGCCGACGCCGAGCCCGCCGAGCACACCGCGUCCGACAGCGUGCGCCGCCAGUGCUGCCAGUAGACAGAAAGUCCAGUCAAUAUAGAAAAGCCGGAGAGAAAACAGUUGGAAACACUGAACGCAACCAUUACGAAUCAUUCCCAGACAGUGGUCUAAUAGUCGCCCACUCGCUAUCAUCACAACGCGGCACGGCUCUCACGGCCUUAGCAGAGGAAAAUAGGAUUCUUCGUAUUAUCUCAUUUCUUUUUGACCAGCCUAAAUAACUGAAUUUAUCAAUUAUGUCGUUGUCAGAUAAAAUGUAACAAAUUUGUUGGUUGACAAUAAGGCGAUACUCGAAUUAAGGCGCAAUAUGAAAUCGCAUUUUUUAAUAGAUCUUAUCUAAAACUGACACAUUAAAUUCCACGUGAUGUAAACACAACAAGAAUAUUCUUUUAUCGAGGUGGCAUCGACAUAUGGAUUAUGGACAUGACAACAGUGUGUAGAUAUUCUAAUUAAUUUUUGACGUGUAAGUGUCCAUCUUGUAAGAAACUAUAACAUAUUGAUGUGUCAUGUCGAGUAAAUAGACUUGAGGAAGUGGCCUAUUUUUCUCCAUUCGUGCAGCCAUAUCACAAUAGAAGUAAUUCUAGUCGUAUAUUGACUGAUUAAACAUCAGUUUUGGUGCUCAAUGCAGUGUGGGCGUGUUCAAUACUCUGCUAAAAUGACUUUUAUUGUGGCCAUAGAGUAGAGCUUUCGUUUAGCGAACAAUGAGAAGCAAACUUAAACAGCAUAAGAGUGGCGCAUGUAGAUAGCUUGUAUAAUUGUCGAUUUAUCGGUAUCUAAGUAUCUAGUGUCCGAACGAAAAAGUUAAAUAAUUGUUACAGACUUUAUAAACUAGAGAGCUUCAGUUCGCACUGAAUGAUUUGGCGCUCUUAACAAGUGAUUUAAUAUUGGAUUUAAUGUUUAUUUAAGGGAGCAACGUUUUUCUUUCGACUUUAGUUUAUAGUUCAUGUUAUAUCUAUUUAUUUAGUUAAUUAAUGCAUAGUUAUCUCAACCUGAUUUAGUUGGCGUUAUGCUACUAGAUAUAUUGACAUUUCCCUUUAUAAUUAUAAACAGAGCAAUAAAUUCGGGUGAACGAAAUUUAUAAUUAAUGUUUUAAAAGAGUAACUGUUAAAUAGCACACAAAUAAAUAGCUUGAUAUUUAAAAUGUCUUAUUGUUUUCGUAUUACACUAGCGGUAGUGUCAAGUAAUGAAUAGCUUUUUUAAAGGGACGAUUUUGUUUACGGAUAUUAUGUGCCUUGGACAUGGCUGGUCAUGUACAUUUUUAUUGAAGCUUUUAAUUAAUUUUUGCCCUUGUUCUGGAAAAGACCGGGUGGCGGGUCGUCGCCGGCCGUACACGGAUUCAAUGUUUAUUUGACACGAGCACGUAAAAAUUCAGUUUAUUAGAUCUAAAUUAAAACACCAAUAAUUGUAAGUAAAAUCAUAUUCAAAUUAUGAAUAAAAUGCAAAAAAUAUAUAGCGGAGGCCAUACACAUCUGUAUGUUAUUGAAGUCAAUGAAUAAUUUUGACGCAUCAAGUACAAGCCGGAGAGUAAAUGAAACAGUAGACAGAUGAUGUCGGUCCGUCGCCGCCGAGCUACGAGUCCGUGUACGGCGGGUGUGACGGAGUGCGGCGCGGAGCGCGGGCGCGGGCGCGGGCGGCGCACACUCAGCCGGCGGCCCCCGCCAUAUGCAGGCCGCUGGUGCAUUUCAGUCGCCCGCAACGACUGCUCGCUCUUACAAGGCAUGUCUUUAAUACUAGACUUGUAUCUUCACCUAUAAAUGGUACCUACGAACGCAUAAUAAAAACCUUAACAACAACAGCGCAUACACAGUCUCCGUUCCAUCAUGGAUGAAAGAUAGCUUAACAUAGAAUUGUAAUAUAAGCUUUAAGGAUUGCUAAGUAAGGUAUUUGAAAAUUGAUCGUCGACAGCCCGAGGCUCCCUACGCGCCGUUCUGCCAUUGUGGCUUGGAUUAUUUUCGAUACAUGAAUAUGCGGUGUUCGUAUUAAGAAAUAUAUAAUUGUAUUAUGGUCUUUACAUAUGCAUGGUUAUUUUUUUAGUGCCUAUCUGUAAUUACUUUAUUAAAGACAAAGAUAAUAAAAUAUAAUGUAAA